AUGAGUUAUAUUAAUUCUUAUUCCAAAUCGGGAAAUAAUAUUGGUGAAAAUAGAAAUAUCACUAAAAAACCAUCUUUGCUUAAUUUAAAUGACCAAUAUAAUAAUAUUACUCAGAAGAAGAAAAAAAACAUUUCAGCUGCAGAUCAUCGGCUUACAAAUUGUGAUACCAGCAACGAACACACCUUUUCAAAUAAUAAUAAAAAAAGAAUUGACAUUAAUAUAAACAAUAUAUUUUACCAAUCUUAUGCAUACGAUAAUAAUAACAACCUAAUAUACGUUUUUGAUUCUACAUAUUUGCCUUCGUACGAUUUAAUUGGUGAUAAAGCGGUCUUUGAUUUAUUGAUGGAUAAAAUUACGGAUAAACUGAUUAGUAAAUUGCCAGAUACCCCGUACUCAUUGGUUGCAUUCACGUCCGGUUUUGGUAAAAAUAAUAUUAGUUGGAUAUAUGGCAUUAAAAUGUAUUCUAAAUUGCCUCAACACUCCAAGAAUUAUUUGCAAAGGUUAUAUAUAGUACAUGAAUCAUUUUGGGUUCGAACCGUUUAUCAGGUCUUCAAAAAUGCUAUGAAUAUUAAAUUUUUAAACAAUAAUCCAAUAAAUUUAGCCACGGGAACUGUGGGGGGAAAUGAAGUCAUAAUUGAGUAUGUGUCUGAUCUAAGCCAAUUAUCACUACAGAAAAAUAUUGAUAUAACCAAACUAAGGAUAUCUUUAAACGUCUAUUUACAUGAUUACAGCAUAAAGGAAUGCAUUGACAUUCCCACCAAAUACCUACGCUCCAAAAAUGAUAUAUUGAAUAGACAAUAUAGGCAAAGCAUGUUUGAUAAAAUUUUCAAUAAAUUGAAGCUUGAAUCUAUCAAAUAUGAGCUGGUCUUUACGAAACCGGGGAAUUUCCGAAAAAUUAAUAUUUUAUUAGGUGUAAUUGAGCGUAAUAACUAUGUUGAUUUGUCGCAAUGGGACAUUUACUCGUUAGCAACUGUAUUUUUGAACUUUAUUAAAAAUAAAAGCAAGCCGUUUUUCCCUAUUGAUAUGAUUACGUUGCCAAUAAGCGAUGACCUUGAAUAUACACUUAAUAUUUUUCAAAAAAUGGUAGAAUUCAAUGAUUAUUACAUGUUAAUUGUGGUUAUCUUUCCAAUUUUUUUAAAUUUAUUAAAGCAUCAAAACGUCACAAAGCACACGUAUCACACUUUAAGUAAAAGCUUGGUUACCACUUUUUGCAAAGAGAAAGUGUCUAUUAAAAGUGAAAAUCGAUUAGCUAUCGGUAAAAGAUUUAUUAAAAAUGUAUUAAUACACUUUGAGAACAUUAGGGUUGAAAUGGAUAGUAGCAUGCAAACUGGAAAUGUUGGUGAUACUGUUGGCAAUAAUUUGGUCUUGAAAAAAAAGAGUAACAAUGGUAGUUCUAGUAGUAUUAGCAGUAUACCUCCAGAUAUACCGAAACCCAGAAAGAACAGAACUGGUAGUAUUGGACAUAGUGAAAAUGUGUCUCCUAUUAAAAAUUUGACUCCGCCACCAUCAAGAUCCUUUUCACCAAAGCCUUCUAUUUCCGCUUUACCUAAAGUUGUGUUAUUGCCUAAGGCAUCAGAGACUUCACGACUAACAUCUUCUUUUUCAAUAUGCUCACCGGAUAAAAAUCUUAGACAAAAGGCUAAUGAUAAAAGUAUGGCACCAAUUGGUAAUAAUGAAGAAAGCGGACAGGCCAUAAUGGUGACCAAUGCAGACGAUGAAAGAAUCACUGAGAAACCUAUAGAUAUGGAACUGGUUACAGUUGAUAAAGAAAAGGAUAGACAAAUGAUUAAAACAUUACAAUUACAAUCAAACGAAACUAUACAAAACUUUGAUAAAAUGCUACAGCAACAGAAACAGAAAAUGACCAAAGUGAAAGUUAAUCAAACAAACAAAUUUUCAACGAAAGGAUAUGGUGACCUUAAGGAGGGAAAUAAAGUUAGUAGAUUAGCUGCAUUAUACGAAGAAAGAAUACAAGGUUUAAAUAUUAUUAAUGAUAUAAAGACGCAUCAACAAUAUCGGGGAAAAUAG